GCCCUUGUCACUUACAAACUUAUAAUACACAACUAACUACCAUGCUGAAAGCAAUUGCCGUGUUUGGAGGUAACGGAUUCCUUGGCCACAAGAUCUGUGAAAUAGGGGUACUUCGAGGCUAUGACGUAACUUCAUUCUCUCGAUCAGGCGACCCACCUGAGAAUGUUAUUCAUCAGCCCUGGAUUAAGAAGGUCCAAUGGGAACGGGCAGAUAUAUUCUCUAGCAAAUCGUAUGCUGAACGUCUUGGUAAGUUUCAUAAUGUCGUUCAUUCAAUUGGUAUCCUUUUUGAAAAUCAAGCCUACAAGAAAGCCAUGAAUUCUAAUUUCAAUUUCCUUAAUGACAUUCAACAAUUGGCUAAUACCGUCAAAGGUGGAAAUCCUAUGAAACGAGGUGAAGGUAAUGCUACUUAUGAAGCAGUGCAAAGAGACACAGCCGUAUUAUUGGCAGACACGUUUAUCACUGAACAAAAGGAAUUGCCCCGCAAUUACGUAUACAUCUCGGCCGAUUCCAAACCACCGAUUGUCCCGGCGGGAUAUCUCAAUACUAAACGGGAGGCUGAAUUUGAAUUAGGGUUGAAAGAAGGUAUCAGAGGGAUAUUCAUGAGACCAGGAAUCAUGUACGAUGAGACUCAUGAAGGUCCUAUGACCACAAGAGAUUUCUUAUUACGUGGAUUAAGAAUUGGUGUUGCUGCCAAGGAAAUGGUUUUAGGAGAAAAGUUUUGCAAUGAAAUCAUCAAGCCAGUUGUAUCGACCGAGCAAGUUGCUCAUGCUAUUUAUGAUAAAUUAGAACAACCAGAUUUCAAAGGUGUUGUUACACUUGAUGAUAUCAAAAAUACUAAACUAAAUUAUUAAUUAAAAAUUACACACAUUAAUAUACAUAUUACUCAGAACUUAAUAGUCUUAGUCUUGACUGUAACCCUUCUAACCAAUUAUUAUCGAUUUCAUCUAAAUCUAUUUCUUCAGGAACCAUCACACUAUCCACAGUUAUAGUAAUUGUGUGUAUUCCAGGCACUACGGUGAUACCACCUUCAGAAUGAGGUUCACCUUCGCUCUUUCCGGAAAUGACAUUAGCCAAUGAAAUCAGCUCUUGAACAUCUCUCGUAACUGUCUUGACCAAACUUUCCAAAUCUUCUUUUGGUUUUGGUUUACCUACGGGAGCAGGAGUCCACCAAUACACAGGGUAUUUUCUUAGAAUAUUACCAAAAAUCAAAGCCACACAAAUAAUUAAAACAGAAGACACCAAUUGGACUGGCAAAUACCACCAGCUCAUAGACCUAAUCAGCUCGUCUACACUAGGAAGCAACGCACUUGCACCAGCGGGCGGAUGGACACAAUUGAAUAUCGACAUGGCCACGGAAGCAACCGCCACGCUCAAUGCUCCACUGGCCCAAUAAUUAUCUCUCCCAGCUUGACUCAACAGGAACAAUUUCUCGAUACAGAGUCCAAUUAAUGCACUAAGAAAAUGGCCAACAAGAAUAUUUCUUGGCUGCGACAACGGUGCUUGACUGGCAUUGAAACACAAGAUGGCCGUAGCACCGUAGGAGGCGAUUAUUAAUGGGGCAUUAUGGGCUGUAAACACUGUUUGCGACUUGAAUAUACCUUCUAUUAAUGCGAUCCCACAGAAGGAACUAACCAAGAUCUCUAUCCAGAUCAAAUAGUCAUGUUUAGGUGAUGGAGUGUGAGCACCAAGAAAACGGGAAAUCGGGUACGGAAGCCGAUUGAGACGGUUAGCAGGAAGGUAUCGAUUAAGUACAUCGUCAAUUGUGAAUUUGAAUACCAUGAUUGUUAUUAUAAAAGAAGUAUAUCUAGUUUAAAGUUGCAGAUCUGGGUUAGUAUUUAUAAUUAAGCUGAUCGUGAUGAAAGAAGCUUGUUUAAGGUUGACUCGGUGUG